AUGCCCUACAAUUUAAGUAGGAACGGCAUACAGCACGAGAUGUGGAUGGAUGGAUGUGUGGAUGGGUGGAUCGAUGUGUGCUUGGAUGGAAUGAUGUGCGGAUGGGCGAAUGGGUGCAUGGAUGUAUUGAUGUGUGGAUGGAUGGAUGGAAGUGCGGAUGAAUGGAUAGAUGCGUCGAAGGAUGGAUGGAUGGAUGUGUGGAUGGAUGAUCUACCCAUCUACACAUCAAUCCAUACCAUCCAUCCACGCACCCAUUCGUCCAUCCACACGUCCAUCUAUCUAUCCAUACAUCGAUCCAUCCAUCCACACCCCCAUUAA